AUGAACCAGCCGACGUUUGCGGACUUGGACUACGAGAGCAAGAAGCGAAAGACUCGCAGGGAGAAGUUCCUUGAGCGCAUGGAUGGACUGAUCCCGUGGGAAGAGUUGGAAGAGCGCAUCCGACCGUUCUAUCCCAAUGCUGGCCGAGGUCGGCGUCCGUACGAGUUGUCGGCGAUGCUUCGCAUACACUGCGUGCAGUUGUUCUACAACCUGAGCGACCCUGGGAUGGAGGACAUGCUCUACGAGGUCGAAUCGGUGAGGCGGUUCGUAGGGCUGAGACUGCCUGGGCCGCUGCCGGACGAGACGACGAUUCUGAACUUCCGCCACCUGCUGGAAGAGCAUGAGUUGGGCUCGGGUCUGUUCGAGGAGAUCAACCGCUAUCUGGAGUCCAAGGGUCUCCGUCUUCAGGAGGGGACGAUAGUGGACGCGAGCAUCAUAGCGGCGCCCUCAUCGACGAAGAAUCGGGCUAAAGAGCGCGACCCCGAGAUGCACCAGACGAAGAAGGGUAACGAGUGGCACUUCGGGAUGAAGGUGCACAUCGGUGUGGACUCGCAGACGGGAGUGGUGCACAGCAUGACCACGACAUCUGCGAACGUGCAUGACCUGACUGAGUUGCCCCGGUUGCUGCACGGUGGGGAGUCUCAGGUGUGGGGAGAUGCUGGGUAUCAGGGAGUUGACAAGAGGCCGGGCAACCGGGGCUUGGAUGUGGAGUGGCAGGUGGCGAUGAGGCCCGGCCAGCGUCGGAAGCUGGAGCCUGAGAGUCCUGAGGCGGUGUCGGAGAAGCGCAAAGCGUCGGUCAGAGCUAAGGUGGAGCAUCCGUUCCUGUACAUCAAGCGGCACUUCGGCUACGCCAAGGUCCGCUACAGGGGACUGUCCAAGAACACGCAGCGGCUGAUGACGCUGCUGGGGUUUGCCAACUUGAUGAGGGCCGAACAGUACCUGGCGGCGUGA